AUGGCGGCUGUUGUGAGUUCUAUACCAAAGUUGACAAAUCUAUGGUCUACUCAGCUCCGAUGCUUUCAUCUUUCCACAUUUCUCUCGCAAAUAAGAGUUCUUACGCGCCCGAUUUGUACUUAUAGUGAUUAUAAUCCUUUACUAAACCAAGAAUUCUUGCCACGCUUCAAGGAAAUCCAACCCGCUCAUGUGGCUCCAGCUAUCGAACAGCUGACCAAAGAUUUCGAGAAUGAUUUUAUUGAGUUUGAGAGAACAUUGAAAGGUAAUUGUAAGGUUUUAAAAUAUUCUAAUUAACUACUAUGCUAGCUGUGUAAAAUACUCCAGCGCAACCAGCUAGUAUGAGCGACUUCCAAACACGAAUGGACUAUGGCAUUUUGAUAUAUUAUCAGAUAUUAUGCAUCAGUCAAUUCCCGGUACUAUCAUGCCCCCCUCCCCCCCCCGGCUGGGACGCAAACGACCUCGUCCUCAUCAACACUGCGGCACUUUUCAUUGAUCACACAGCGAGUAGUGCAUAUUAAUGUGUGAUUUUGCGUUUUGGUUAACUCUUGCCUGUGUAAAAAUGGCAUUCUAAUUGAGACUUUGCACGCAAUGACACUACUUCAUGAUUGUUAUUUUAUUAUAGCCUGUGAGCAAGCUCACCGCGCCCUCUGGCGGCGGGUUGGAAAAGGAAGAAGUACUUGCAACUACGUCUCUUUAAUUUGAAUAUCUGCAUCAAAAAAGUCAAUGCAAAAUGCUGAUUUGCGGUCAGAUGACGUUAGCAAUGACAUCAUUACUCUUGGCAUGUGUUUUUCAUUGUUUGUUUACAUUUGUGCUCGUUUCUGCUUCGCGCUGAUUGGUGGAAAUCUGACAACUCAGUCGAUGGGGAGACACGGGAAUUGGAGGUGGAAUUCAAAUUCAAGAGAUGUAGUUGCAAGCUCUCCUUCCUUUUCCCGCCCCACCGCCAGAGUGCAUUAGGAGAGCUUGCUCUCAGGCUAAUUUUAUUAUUAUUGUCUAUUUCUUUUAAAUAGUUCUUUGGUAGUGUGCUGUAUUAAAAGUUAUCUGUUCUGAAUAGUUGAAUAAUAUGAAAAAGUGGAUGAAGUUCCUCAAAUGAUACAUAAUCAUAGCUAAAAUUAGAAAUAUCACCAUCGCCAAAUUUAUUCAAAUCCUAGAGCAACAGAAAUUUCUUUCCAUAACCAAAAGAAAAAAUGUGUAAAUUCACAUCAAUAACUCCUGACUUCUGGCUUGAUAAGUAAUGAAGAAAUGCAGGUAGACCUAUAUUCUCCAAAAGCCUGGCGCCAGGUUUUGCUGUGGGGAAAAAAUGGAAAAAACGGAGUGAAACGGCAUAGAAAAUUGGUGAGCGGAGUGAGCUGAAUAGCAGACUAGACUGGUUUCCCUCCCCAGACUACAGCUUUUGUUUUGUUUUGUUUUCUUUUUUCGCCUUUUUCCCCAACUGCGGAGCCUGGUCCCAGGCUAAUUCUCCUUGAGUAGACCCAUAUUCUUCAGCUCAGGGGUAGACUGAUAUUUUAUGGAAUUCUUCAGGGUUGCAUGCAAUUUUAUUCCAUCUUCAGGGGAAGAAAGAAAAUGAUAAUAUUAUGUACUCUAGCUGCCAUAAUACUGAUUCAAUAAUUUGUUAAUUAAACAAAAAAAUAUAUAUUAUGUAUACCUAUGGAAGACUCUUACAAAUUUCCCUGAAGUCACAUUUUACUAAUCAGAAUAUUAUAGUCUCACCUUGCUACUGCAUGAUUAAGAAAAAGAAGAAGAGUCUCCUACAGUUGCAGCUCAACUGAGAGAAAUUGUUUGACUUACAGUACAUGUAUGUUCAUGGACUGUACAUGUAUUUGUGAUGGGGGUAUGGAAAAGCCGGAAUACGGAAUUCAGAACUGGAGCCGGAAACGGAACCGGAACCGGAACCGGAACCGGAACUUAAAUUGAGACUGGGGUAAACAGGGAAGCACUAAAACCAGUUCCGAUACCCAUGUAGAAAUAAAAUUCAAGAUGGCGUCCUCUGUUAUCAUUGUUUUGAGAAAUUUUCAGCACAGUGAUCUUGAUACCAAAGAUAUACUCACAUUCGGAAAGUGACUUGCAAAAAAAACAGAAGGUAAAUGCAUCCUACUGUUAUUCCUAGCAGUCAUAAACUGUGACUGCAGUGGUAGGUCGAGCAAUUUCUGACAGAUCGAGACGACAACGAAUCAGAAGCCGAUUGACUGCGAAAAACAGCCAUUAUUAGUAUGUGAUGUUUAAGACCGCUGUUUUAUUCAUUUCCUUCUCUUGAGCCUAAGUUGCUCAUUUCUUAAAAGGGCUCCGUGUUACAUCCAUUGUGAGGGAAGGCGGCAAAGGGAGGAGGCGUACUCAUGUCAAUCAUGAUCCCAAGUUGCAACGCUCGCGCGUAUAUGAAAUUCUCAAAGAAAAACUUUGCACCGUAUGCAAAAAUUGCGACAGUAAAAAAUAUAAUAACAAGAAAUAAAUAUAAUGUGGGGAUGAAAAGUCUUGAUCGAACAAUAAUUGUUUGUGACACUCUUCAAGACAGAAACGUCUCCAAUUUUUAUUUUUUAGGUUCCGGUUCCGGCUCCGGUUCCGGAUUCCGCAUUCCAGCUUUUCCAUACGCCCAUUUGGGACCCGCUAGUUUUAUAAUCAAGGCAUCAAGGCAAUGAUAUUUAUCUUAUGACAUGUUUUUAGUUUUUAGGGAAAACAAUUCCGCGAGUGAUAGAGCUUGGGAAACAGUUAUUGAGCCUCUGGAAAAAAUAGGAAGUCAGCUAAGUUAUGCUUGGGGAGUGGCAUCACAUUUAAAUGGAGUUCGUAAUAGUCCAGAACUACGUACUUCCUAUGAAAAGGUAAGCAUUCUGUUCUUGAUAGAUCUUUAUACCACAAUGACUUAAUAGCUUUUAGUUUCACCCUUUUUUCUGUUGUAGUCACAAGAAGAUAGAAACAAAGGCAGAAGUAUGCAGCACCCAUCAUGCAAUUGCAUGUACAUGUAACUUAAAGGGGAAAGGCAUAAAACUCUCAAAUAAAUUGUAAUCAGCCCUGUUAAAAUGGGCUAUUUGGCUGAUUGUAAUUUUGAAGUGGGUUUUUACUGUCAUUUAAAUUUGCAUAUUUUACUGUGUUUUAUCAGGUUCAACCACUAGUUGUCAAAGUGGCCAUGAAGGCAAAACAGAGUGUUCCUUUUUAUGAUGCACUUUUGGUAAGUAUAAUGCUCAAUAGUAAUGGUACACGCGCAAGCUUUACAUAAGGCAUUCUUCAAGGUUAACUAUAAUGCAAAACUCAUAAUUAAGUCAGUCCAGUUCAUUUUGUUUAUCUUAAUUUUCAUUACUGAAGCUAAUAGAACUUAACGAUAGUAAGUAAACUUUUAAAUAUUAAAUUGUAAAUGACAAAAUCACAGCUCCACAGGAAUCAAUUGCCUCCAAAGCAUUAUCAAUAUUCAAGUUACAUACAGCAACGAUGAACCUGGAAAAACUGUCAGACUAUAUAACAUGUGUGCAAUUUGUGUUUAAAUCUUUUUUGAGUUUUGUCCCUCUAUGCCUUCUUUUGUAUUUGCUCUGUGUCAUGUCAAUUAUCUUUAAAUGUUUUAAACUGUUAUUUUCACAAUAAUAACUGGAAGGACAGCAUAAUUUUGUGGCCAAAAUUCUCACUUAUAUCUCUCUGUAUUCAAAUUGGAUAUACAGGUAUAAUGUAUCCUUGUAGAAGAGUAGUCACUCACCAGUUUUUGAACUCAGGUAUAGGUUUAUUCUGUACACUGUAAACUGCUUUCCGUACACUCUUAAAAACUGUAGACUCCAAGAGUAAAAAAAACUGGUAACUCAUUCCGCUCUAUCUUGAUGGUUUUAGUUUUAAUGCUGCUUGAUCGCAUUUAUACUUAAAAAAUGUCCUUGUGGGAGUUAAUUAACACUAGGUUGUAAGCACUAAUUUUAACAUGACCACGCUUUUAAAACACUUAAUUGGGCAUAAUGUAAAACAGUAUCUCUGUCUUAAAGUCUGUGGCUAGGAUCUUUUAUUUUACUGCUUAUACACUGUAUAAACCAGCUGACAUGACCAUCUUAUUUAUUUACAUGUGAAAGAAAGUUGAGAAGGACCAACUUACACUUGAUGAAGGGCAGCAGCGCAUAGUAACGGCUUUUCUAAGAUCAGCCAGAAAUGGUGGAGUUGGCUUGAAGGGAAAGGAAAAAGAGAGAUUCAACACCAUUCAGUUGAGACUUGCUGAGCUAGGAAAUAAAUUCAGGUAAAAUUAUGGUGCAAGGCUCACAUUUAACAGGGGCACAUUCACUUUCGUGGGCAUCACAGAUUGAGUUCUUCUUAUCUUUUUUCCUUUUUUUAGUGCACGUAUCCGUCUUUUGAAAGUGAAUAGAAACAACUGCACCAUUGUACUAUUAUUACUUUUUUUUUAUCGAAUGUGAGGGUGAUCAAGACACACAACAGCUGGUUGUCUAUAUGCUCAAAUCUAGGCAUAUGACUGUGCGAGUGUCCUCCUUCUCCUCCUCCUCCUCCUCAUCAUCAUCAUCAUCAUCGUUGACAUUGUCAUCAUAUCAUAAUUAAAUGGUUUUAGUGCCAGAAAGCAUGCAAGGCCCUACUGGUUCUUCAGGUAGGGGAUUUAAGGCAAAGUUAGAGCUAAGGUUACAAUAGACUGCCUCAAAAAAGAUUUAAAAUACAGAAACCAGAAAAUUUGACAAUUCUCCGAUAUUCUUUCACUUGUGUAGUAACAAUGUCUUAGAUGCAACAAAGUCAUUUUCAAUGGUCUUGACUGAUCCUGAAGAUGUUGCUGGAUUACCAUUGUCACUGCUGAAGUUAACUGCAGAGGCUGCAGCAGCAGCUGAAAGUACUGGUGCAAGUAAAGAAGAAUCCAGGUUUUAUAUUUUGAUAAUUCUAUACUGCAUUGUGGUGAUUAAUUAGUAUCCACAUUAAGCAGGUGAAUUUUUGAGAACACAAUGAUUGAGCUUUUCAUCAGGGCAAAUGAAACUGUCUGUCAUAUGUGGGUAUCUAUAAUAAGCAGGUGUCCAUAGAGCAGGGUUUCACUGUACAGCAUUUUCCAUUCAAAGUAUAUCCAUUAAACAAUUGAAGGAGAAAUCGCCCACAAUCUAAAAAAUAAUAAUAUAAUAUCGCUGUUAUGUUAUAAAACAGAGUUAGUGCUUUAAUAAACUCACUAUAUGAUAUAUUUAAUUUGCCAGCAAGCACAUUGAUCCCAUGGCUGGACCUUGGAAACUUAGUUUGGAUUUGCCAUGUUUUGAGCCCUUCAUGAAAUACAGGUAGGUACGUGUAACUUAGGUAAAAUUGAAAUACUCACUCCAGACGGUCUAAUAGUAAAAACGAUAACGAUAAUCUUAUGCUUUGAGAAUUAAAAUUUUAGAAAGGCAGUUCUACUUUAGCAAUUAAUCCAAUAAUUAAAGUCCCCCCCCCCUCCCAAAAAAAAAAGAAAUCGUUAAAAUUGUAUGAGCGCAGACUUUUGGUUCCGCCAUGAUAUAGUGAUCCAAAAGGAACAUGUCACCUGGUCAAAAAAUUAAUUUACACUAUCCUUGACACUAUUUAUAAAACCCUGGAAUUCUAUUAAUGUCUUAUCUGUUAUAGGUAUUCUGAAUUUGGGUUUACAUGCACACCUUAAAUAUGAUCUUGAGUUUUUUGACGAAGUAAUGUUAUUUUCAGAGAAGAACAAAGAAAUGCAACAUUAUUUUUAAUCAAUGAUUGUUACAAACUCGUUUUCGAUUAACAGUCAGAGUAGAAACCUGCGUGAAAAAAUAUACAUGGCAUAUAUCACAAGAGCAUCACAAGGAGAUACUAAUAAUUCAAACAUCAUUGAGGAAAUAAGGCAAUUAAGGUAUGGUAAAUAAUUGAAAUCUGCACUUCAAUACCACCUGUACUUGUAACUGUUGCCUACAUGUAUAUUUAUGAAAUCAUAGACCCUUCCACGGCAUCUUUCAACUUUUGAGUGGGUCCAGCGAAAAUCCGUCUUUAAAGAACACCUCAAAAUUAGUAAAAGAUGUCAAGUUUGAAUGUGUUUUUUUUUUAAAACUAACGAAGAUAAAGCUCCGCAAAGACGUUUGUAGGGUGGGGGGCAAAUUUCUGCCCCAGCUCCACCCCCUCCCCCCCCUUACUACACAAAGGCUUGUAUAAUUUCACGACUUCUUGCAGAAAUAUCUUCACUCUCUUCUAGCGUAUCAAUUUUAAACUUAGUAAGCUUCCUAAUUUUAGAUACUUUCUUGCAGUAGCGUAGAUAUAUUCGCUAACUGGCGUUUAUCAAAACUUGAAAAAAAACAAGAGCAUGGGUCUAUUCACUCGGCUCUUGUAUAAGGGGAAUUUUGUGCUCCAUCUGGAUUUGUAAAUCUAAAUGUUUAUAGCCGGAGGUAUGAAUUGACAAUUGGCCUUCAAGCACAGUUCACGGGUGCUAUUAAAUUAAUGUGACUUAACGGCUAGUUACUCAUGGAAUUAAUUUAUUGACCCUAUGUUGCGCAUUUUAGGCGAGAAAAAGCUGACCUCUUGGGUUUUCAGAAUUACGCCUACUUGUCCCUUGAUUCUAAAAUGGCUGAUAGCCCUUCAGAAGUUUGGAAAAUGAUCAAAGACUUGCAGAGUAAAAGUAAGACUGGAGCGAAAUCAGAACUACAAGCUCUGCAGGUAACAAAUGCAAUAAAAAUCAUUAUCCUAUUAGCUGUGAUAGGGUAACAAAGAAAUAAUGACUGCGAUUAUGAUGAUGAUGAUGAUGAUGAUGAUGAUGAUGAUGAUAAUUUUGAUGGCGGUGACAAUGGCGAUGACAAUGGCGAUAACAGUGGUCAAUGGUCAUGAUGAUGACGACGACUAUUACAACAAUAGGGAGCUUAAGCAACAACGACGACGACCACAACGACGACUUCCAAAAAACAAUAGGUUUAGUGAUCAAAACAACACCUCUGCACGUGCGUCACGCUUUUUAGUACAUUUCUUUGACGUCCACUGCACGACUACGACGUGAAUCUUUCUAAUCUGACGUUUUAUGGAGGACGUGGACAUACGACGACGAAUUUUCCUUCCUCUUUUUGAACGUCAAUAAAAUCUUUAAGAAUUCAACUCCAGGUAACGUCGCCUGCAUUUGACAUAUUGAGCGGGUCCAAAUAGACGCGAUUAAGUUCGAAGGAACGCAAAUUCAUUUUGUAAGCGACGUUUUCACUGCCGUCGUCGUCGUUGCUUAAGGUCCCUCUGAUGACGACGACGACGACGACGAUGACGAUGAUCAUGAUGAUUCAGAUAUGACCACUUUAGGCCAAACAGUUAUUGAAAACAAUUUAAUGUAAUAGAAUAGGUUUGAAACACAUUUUGUUACCACAUUCGAGAGGAACCGAAUAAUUUAACCAUUAUAGGAAGCUGCUAGUAAUAGUCUAGUCAUCUCAAGCAGGCUAAAGAUAAUGAAAAAUACACUUGGGUUCAUUUCACAUGAGAGGAACCCACUGCUAAUGAGCAAAAUUUAUUGUUUUCGUCAUUAGACUUAGGUUCGUCCCAUGUGAAGUUCGACGUUUAAUCCCGCUGGCCUUACUGGCAAUUGAUUAAGAGGUACACGAUGGGGGAUUGUAUGUUGCUGUCUUGAACUGACUACGCCAGAAGUAAAAAGAAAGCAAAACUAACAAAUAAUAAAGGAAAACAAAACAAACCAAAACAAAUCAAGUGCGAAAAUGAGAGCUAGUACAAAGAGCUUAUUGUUGACAAGACCAGAGCCAUCUCCAGAGCUAUUGCAGUUUUAUUUAUUUAUUUUUUUAAAUUUUUUUUUCUUCAAGGCUUUUGCUGAAGAAAACGGUUUUGUUGGAGAGUUAAAACACUGGGACAUUCCAUUCUGGUCACAAAAGCAAAGGGAACAUUUGUUCAGGUUUGAGCAAGGAACGUCUUACGUUGUACUUUUUUGUUUGUCACAGAAACGUCUUACGUCAGUGUUUAUUACUGUCAUGUCGCGGAUGCUGGUCGUCAAGUUGGUUCUUGCCCAAGCUUGGAGAGAAUUUUCUCGGUUUUCCGCUCUCCUUAAUUUACCAUGUAUUUCAAAUUCCACCCCGAUCUAAAAUGGUAGACAAAGAAUUGCUUUUCCGCGGAUGUGCACUAAGGAAUACCAUAAAUGGCCUAAUAAACGCCUGAGGCGUCUACUAAAUUUUAGGGGUCCAAGCGGGGGCGUUCAAUAGAUAGGAGGAGUUUAUCUGGAAGUGGGCGUCUAUCAGGUCAUUUUCGGUAUUUUCUUUCUCUUUUCUUUUUGUUAUUGUUGUUUAGUUAAAGGUAAGGUAGAAAACAGGAAAGUUCAAAAAUAUUUUGCGAAAAUGCCUUUGUUAUUAUAUACAUGUAAUACUGUUGUGUCAGGCUUGAAACCAGCUUUUAAUAACUCCAUCAUAAAUAUCCCAUAGCCAAGAUUUACAAAGCCUAAGCUUCCUUGGGAUCUCUCUUUUGCCUCCUGAUUUCUAUUAGAUCCUCAUUCACGUUGUAAUGCUUCUUUUAUCAAGUUUGAUGUUAGUCAACUUUCGGCCGCCAUUUCAUCGGUAUUUCCAUGUUUUUUUUUUUGUUUGUUUCAUUUGAUUUACUGUUUAAUAAUUAUAUUUCAGCUUUACUGAUGAGGAUUUAAGGCCAUAUUUUCCCUUACCAAGGUUUGUUUCUUUUAACUAAGUAACGAUGCAAAGCAGACAGUUUUGCAAUGAAAUCUCCUUUAACGUAUAGAGAAAAUUGGUUUUGGUUUAAGAAAACCGAGCUUUCGACAACCCGUUUUGUUAAUUAACAUAUGCAGCCAAAUGCAUAGGUGGAAAUAUUUUAACAAGCGAAACCAUAAAUAUAAAAAAGUAUUACUAAAUUAUUAUUAUUAUUACUAUUAUGUGUUUUGUGUUUGUUGUUUUUUUUUUUGUAUUUUUUAAUUGCCGUAUUUUUGUUUUAGAAGGUGGAUGUGUAUUUCGUAUUUUGUAUAUUUUUUGCAGUUUUGUCUUCAUCAACACAACGGUUCAUGUCAGGACUAGAUUAUUUUUCUUAUGCGAAGUUUCUCGUAAUGAAUUAUUUCUCGAUUAACUUAGAAUGCAAUCAGAACAAAUCUGGUCGAAUUCCCGUUGUUCCGUCCUCUUAUAAUUAGUGCAUUCAGUGCGGACCUUUCAAUUUUAAGACAUCUUGUAACUGGCUGGCUUUUUUUUAUCCGUCCCUCGUAGGGUUUUAGAUGGACUUUUCAAACUUUCAUCCGAGCUGUUUGGAAUUACCAUCAAGGUGGGUCUUUUACGCCGUCAUCGUUGUGGUAUCUUAGACUAUGUUCGUACUACAUUAUACAAGAUCUAUCUGGAAUUAAAGGGACUAUGUCAGCUGUAGAGCAUGCGCGCUGAGGUUAUGCAAAUUACUUUGAACUGUCGAAAUUCUACUGUCUUAAACGCGUGACUUUCUCUGUCACGUCCAAGAUUCCGAAAUUUACAGAGACGUUUACCAGCGAAUUGGGUUUGGAUAAGGGAUAUUUUGAUAGAAUUUACGGAACGUUUCUUCUCUGGUUAUGCUAGAUCAACUUCCCUCAAUUUCUUCGUCAGAAUAAAAGCGUUAAGACAAUUUUACUUGUAGUUUUGAAGUAAAAACGCAUGCCAUUUGUAAAAAUAGAGCGCAAACAAAAAAAUCAACAACAACAUUGUAGUAGUCAACAAAAUAAAUCAAAGUUGUAUUUUAUAAAUGACCUACAAAAGACUCUAGACCGAAGAUAAAGACCAAGAAUGUUUUAAGUCUUGGUAACCGAGCGUUCUCUUCGAAUCCUAGGCCGCGGGCGCUAAGCGCGCGGUGUCAGCCCUAAAGAGUAAUUGGGUGGUAAACUCUUGGAUGGUUGCUAGGAGAUUUGGGCUAUUGGCCAAUCGUAGAGCCGAAUAGUUGAAUUGUCGAUAGGAUUUAGUUAAAAGCAGUUUUAAAAAUGGCAUCUCCAUAACAUGGUGCCUCAGGCCCGUGUCAAACGUCAAAUUUCACAUGGGACGGGGCUAAUCCUAACGGGAUUUUGCUCAUUAGUGUUAGGUUUCUCUCAUGUGAAGUUCGACGGUAGACAUGGCCUUAAGUUUUGUUAUUACAUGGCUACAAUAGUACGCGCCCUCUGAUUGGCUACUGAGCGGGCAAGACUUUCUUGUAAUGACCGGGUGUUAUUAGCUAGGUUAGCUAGGUGUCCAAGGCAUAUACCAUCUGUGUUUAACUUGAUAGCGGGCAUCCAUGUUAUGGUCAAUUGACAGCUGUCAGAAAAGGGUAUCCGCUGAUCGGUGUCACAUGACUGUAUUGCGACCUCAAAUGUACAACUCAUUGAGGUGACGUGUUUUUUUAAGUUAUCCGCUGACUAGUUAGGGGUUUUAUUUGAUCGCAGGCCCCAGUUACUUCCAGUGUUUUAUAUUAAUAGCGGUAAAUAGGCCAUAUAAUAAAUAACCUAUUAACCUUGUCCAUUCGGUCAUUACAGUGAAAUCUCAGACCAAGACCUAGAUCUAUAGACCUCACUAUCGCUCGGUCAAUACAUCAAGAGGCCUUGGUCGGAGAUUUUCCUGAUGACCUCACUCUCGGUUAAUAAGUCGUAUUUCAUGGAAACAACAUGACCACUACAACAAUUCUAACGUAAUUCUUAUGUAGCCAGCGGAUGGAGACACAGAAGUUUGGCAUUCAGAUGUAAGGUUUUUUAACAUCAUUGAUGAUAAAGGUGAGUGACAGUCAUUAACGGUAUUAAAUUCUUUACAUGACUGUAAAUCGUAAGAUGAUUUCUGGGGUAACAGAUUGUUCAAACAUUGAACAGCGGACCGAGAAGCAAAGUAGUUAGCCCAAAUGUCAAUUUCCAGAGAACACAGUUUUUUAUUUUCUCUUCCGCAGAAUCUCCCGCCGGGUAUUAUAGAAAUAAGCAAUAAAUGGAAAAUAGUAAGCGCACAGUGGAGGCGUGAGCGUCUAUUCCCGUCUUUUACCUCCUUAUCAUCCACCACGCACUUUCUUUUUUCCCUCUCCCCAGCCUCUCAUGGACACCAAGAGGCCUCUGCCGGAGGAAGAAAGAGGUGCCAAUGACCUUUGUCUUUUAGGUACUGAUUGUGGACACUGUUUUACGUCUCCUACUUGGAGACGAGACUGCCAUUUCUGCGUAUUCAUCCGAACCACGUGAAGGACUAGCCGUUUGCAGGGGGAAAGGCAGUUCCUUGUUCUUCAUUUAUUUUUAUUAUUUUUUUUAAGAACCUGAGUAUUGGUUCAGCCCCGGACUGGAACCCGAGACCUUUCGCUCCGCAAAAUAGCGCGUUAUCUCAUCAUCGCCGUCUUACAUUCACAAAUUGGUCUCCUAACUGUAAUUCAUUUUUGAAAAUAGGUAUUAUUUAUGAUUAAAGAUUAGAUUUUGUCAUUUAUCUUAUUCUAUUUUAUUUCAUGUUCUCUCUCUUAUUGUUUUUGUCAAGGAAGUCACAUAGCCUCGUUUUUCUUGGAUCCAUAUUCUCGGCCAUCAGAGAAACGCGGGGGAGCCUGGAUGGAUCAGUGCAUUGGUAAUGAAACAUAACUUCUGAUGCUUUUCUGAUGCUCUAACUGUUUGGGCUGGUUGCUAAAACGUAAGAGUCUUUUCAUUAUGCCAGGCUGACCGGUCAUUGACCACUUUAUCUCAGUACCCAGAGUAAAAGAGAACGAAAUUCUUCGAUCAACUGGAAAGGAAAUUUCUGCACUGGUUGAAGCUUUUUAUUUUCAUCGGUUCUCGGUGUAGUGGGACCAGAAACGAUAAUUCUUUAACUUGGAACGUUAAGUUUCGUUUUCGACCUUCAAUGAAAGUGGACUUCUUUUUCCGGAAAAUGUUUACCAGGACCGAAACGUUCUGGUAAAAUGGUGCGACCCAAAUUUUCGGCAAUUUGGCACCCAAAGUCUAACUUGAACCGCGUCUUAAACAGUUCGAGAGUAUGCCAGUUUUGGAAGAAGCGAUGACGUCAUGAUUCCAUUGUUCUGCUAAAAACACGCAAAAAUAGGAAAAAAUAAUCGCAAGAAACAAGGGAGCUUUUUUCAAAGCCUGUUUCACUUCUCCUCGUUCAAUAUCCGGGACUUCCGAGCUAGCAGUACCGGUGAAGAAGCCUUCUCCUUGCUUUUUGAAUGUCAAGGGAACUUUCCUGCCACAUUUCGGUAGUUAAAAGCGACAGUUUUCAAAUGGCCUUCGACGCCGCCGCCGCCAUCUUGACGGGUAUCGAAUGUAAGUACAUGACUUUAUGUUUAGUUUUCAGUAUCUUGCCGAAUUUUUACGAAGUCAAGACUAAUUUUCCUCAAAACUACAACGUUUAAAGUGUGUUCAGGCAAAGUUUCAUCGAUGGCAACAACCUAGUAAAAAUGGCAACCACACAUUGAAAAUUGCCAACGGACAGGAAGGGUUACUGAUAUUGAUGGUUAUGCCUUAGCCUGUAUAUGUAGUUUCAGUUAUAAUCGAUCAGGUCUGUUUUUGGUCGUGUUCACCGGCAAUUUAUGCGACUCUCAUCUAGAAAUCACUUUAUUGAUCCAGAUCAUGUGUGUGGAAUUAGUUUUAAAUCAGUGUGAGUAGGUUCUUACAUUGAUUUCUUUUAUUUUGAUCAGGAUUUCCGUCAAAAAUGUAGACAAACAUGUGGAGAUAUUACAAACAUGUUGUCGCGUUUGUGCCAAAAAGCUGGGAAAAGCAACCAGGAAGACAAAAUGCUAAAUAUCUUCAGAACGACAUAUUUGUGCUCUGAGGGCAAAAUAUUGCUUUAGGUUCGCCUUAUGUUCCACUGUAAUGAAAAAUUUAAUGUCCAAAUUCAACCCUACCUCAAUAGAAUUAACCAUGUUUUUUUGUUUCUUUGUAGUGUGGUCACAGGCUUACCCACCACAAAAGCCCCUCCUUUGACCCUUUCAAAAAUGGGUAAGAGGGAAACAGGUUGGAGGGGGGGCUUAUAUACCUUGUGAGUGGAAGCUCAUACUCAAUGACUAUUCAACCAUAGAAGAGACUGUGGCCCUUAUUCAAGGGGCUUUAAAGGAGAUAGAUGAGGAAGGAGUCAUGGAAGUGGAGGCUUGUGAAGAUUUUCUCUACAUAAUGUUCAAUCCCUCACGUCAAAUAUUGUUUAUACUUUACAGAUGCCAAAUACAUAAUAUGUUCAGUCCCUGUGCUGCGCAAAAGGUCAAUCAGAAACAUGAAAAAUGCCACACUCUCCCCCAUCAAUCCCUGUACAUGAGCAAUAAGCCCACAUUUGAUGUCAUAAUAUCGAAUAUGUGUGUAUUUGAAUAAAUCCUAAAUUAUUGAGAUUCUCUUGAUGAAAAAGCAUCUAUGUUAAUGCAUCGUCUUCUACAAAUCAUCCUCCCUAAUAAAUAAUACAUGAGAGACAUCUCACAAGAUAACUAUUGAAAAUCGAUGUCAGCUGCUACUGUCUUCAUUAUAUCAAUUAAGUUUUGGAUUUUGGUUUUCAUGUCCAAGAAGGUGUUAAAAAAACAAGAUUUUGAGAUAAAAGAGUGUGUAUAAUAUGCGAGCCAGGUAGCCAUGGCAGCGAGUCAUGCAGGUCAGAAUCAAAAACAGUAAUACGGAAAGAAUUAACUGUCAGGACCUAAAAUAAAAUGUUUAUUUACAAAAAACAAAAUAUAACAAUAAAUAGCUUUUAUUGUAUCUUUACUCUGAUGUCUGAGCUUUGUUUUCUUGAAAGUGCUGUUCAAUAGAAACAUGAAGAACCGGCUAUGAAAAAGAACUUUGGAAAACUUAUGUCGUGUCCAUGCCAAGGGCAGUAAUCAUUUAUUAUUUUGGGCCAAACCUUGUCUAAUAGAAUUGUUUGAGGGUCCCCACAGAGAAGACUUGGAGAAAAGUGCUCCUCAAAGUUACAAUGUCUUUGGUUUAAAGGCAACCCCAGAGUUAAAAACAAUAAUUUAGUAUUAUUCGGAUGUAACAUCAAAUCCCAUACAAGAGGAUAUUUUAUAACAAAUCAUAACCUUGUUGAUCUCUGACCUCUGGUCAAAUCCGGUGGACUACCAAGACUAUAGUAUCCCAUUUUAAUCAAUAGAUCCAAAAGCAUGUAAGAAGCAUAAUUCUUAGUUUUCCAAUAUGUAUAUUAAAUUCUUAAGAGCCUCUUGCAUUUGUUAAGCUUGACCAAAUAAUCAGUUAACUUCAGAAAGUGGAAUAAUUGAAAGCAACAGGUUUUUUUGAAGCGAGACAAAAAAAAAAUGAUCUGGGAUGAUAAGUAAGAUUUUCACUUUGUGGGUUUUCAAGAAGAAAACGCGGGCACAAUACCCUCAGAAAUCCCUUGUAAACCUGUUGUAUACCUGGACGGAACUGCUUCAAGACAUAAACCAACAGAACAUCAUAUUCGAAAAAACAGAUAUUUUACUCACAAAUGACUCGCUUGCACCAAAACAAUAACCUGAAUUACAGCCGUCUUCUCCGGCCAGUCGCUCACUCGCGGGAGAGAAACAGAUGCAACGGGAAAAAUUACAAUGAAUUAUAGAACAACUCACUUUUUAGUUGUUUCCAAAGCAUUCUUUUUUCCUUAUGAUAUAAAAAAAAUGAUGAAAUAAAUAGGCACAAACUUGUUAGCGUGCUUACCUAUUUUCGAUGUACUGAUUACAUACGCAGUGAGUACGCAGUGCCUACUAAGCGCGCGAUAAGCGAAGAACUAUAGCGCAAGAAUGGUUACUCCCUGUCUUCAAGGUACUUCCCAAUUCAUAGUAACAAAAAGACAAAUAAAAGGCUCGAUAAAACAAGAAUAAACGAGAAUUUUGGUCAAUACUCGUUCUUCUCCUCUCCCUUGUCCGCCAUUUUGUAUGUUUUGAAAAUGGCCAUCGCCAUGGUGAUCAUGUUAUGGUUGGUGACGUAGACCAUUGUUUUCGCUUCUUCCAAAACUGGCAUACUCCCGAACUGUUAAAGCGUUCCCUAGACUUUCAAACCUGGCAAAAAGCGACUUAUUUUAAACAACCGUUCUUCUAGUCUGUGCUACAUGUACAUGUGUCAUUGGCAUUCUCUUUUUCAUCGAGCGACGUUAGUAGUAUAGUAAAUGCUGCCAUCUGCCUCACUCCAAAUUAUUUCUGCCUCAUCUCGCAAUGUCGCUCUAAUUGUUCACUCAUUUCGCAAAACUCAUUCGUUUCGUUCAAUUCGUUCAAUUCACUCGCUAACGCUCGUUCAUUUUCACUCAUUUUCACUCAACUCAUUCGUUUGCUCCAUUCGAUUCACAAUUAAUCGCUCUCAUUGCUCGAAGAGUCAGAAAUAAUUUGGAGUGAGGCAGCUGUCAGCAUUUACUAUACUACACUUAAAUAAAAAAAAAAAGAAUAAAAGAUUGAAUCAGAAAAUAAAAAUUGAUUUAAAGAAAUAAAAUAAUAAAAAUAAGAAAUGGGUUUUAAAUCAAAAAGUAAUCAAAUAAAUAAUUUUAAAAUUCGAGGAUUAAUAUUUGAUUCUGAAGAAGAUUAUCUGUUGUUUAAGAAUAUAGAUAAAAAUAUUUAUCACACAAUUAAAUCAGUUAAUGAUGGAAUAAUUGAUAUAACAGAAGUAUUUAACAAUAUUAACAAAAUCAAUGUAAGAGAAAGUUAUUAUGAAGCAAGAGAAGAACUUGAUGGUUUGUUUGAAAAUGCAACAGAAUUAUUAUGUUAUGAAGAUACAAGAUUUCAGAAUGAUUUCAAAGUUGGUUGUUGUUUUUUUGAUAAAAUUAAUGUAAUAAAAUAUUGUGAAUAAAUGCUAUGAUUAUUUAUUUUAUUGUGAAUAAAUAAUCUAAUUAAUUAAUUAAUAAAAUGUAUUGUUAUUGUAGAGAUGAAUUUGAUUGGUUGAUGAAAAUGUUAGAAAAAGGUAAUUGUUUUAUGGAUUAUGAAGAUCUAAAUGAUUUUAUUGAUAAUGGAUUAUUAAAAUUACGUUAUAUGAAAAAAAGAUUUGGUUAUUUAUUUUAUGAUGAAUGUAAAUAUAUAAAAAAAGUUGAUGGUCGUAAUUGUAUUUUUGUUAAUAAAGAACAUCAAUUUGUUUGUCGUAAACCUGAAGAACCAACUUACCAUGGAGGUUAUGAAAAUGAAUCUUAUACUACCAUACCUAUGGAGGAUACAGAGCGUUAUGAUAUUAAGUUUUUAGAUGAAAUAGAUAGAGGAGAUCCUUUUAUUACAGAAGAUGAUAAAUAUCAAGAUGAAUGUGUAAAAGAUACUAAAAAUAUUCUUCAAAAAAUAAUGUUGGUUAAACCUGAAAUAUAUAACAGUUCUGACUUUUAUGAAGUGCUUUAUUCAAAUUAUUUUGAUAAUAUUGAACUUGAAAAAGAUGUUAGAUAUUUUUAUAAUCAGGUAAAGAAAUAUGUAUUAGAUAUAGAUAUUAAAGAUAUUAUAGAUUUUGAUGACCAAUAUGUUAUUGUAGAAGAAGGAUUAAAAAAAGUAAUAAAAAUGAUUUAAAAAAUUUCUAUUAUUAACUAAAAUAUGACAGAUAGUCUAUUACCAUUAUAUAUUCAAGAAGGAGUUAUAAAAAAUCGUCGUAAUCAUUUAUACAUUGAAGAAGGAGAUACACAAAGAAUAAAUAAAAGAAAAAUUAGUGGUUAUCUUAGAAAUUUAGAAGAAAGAGGGGAUUAUUUUAAAAUUAAACAUAUAAAAAAGUUGUAUCAAAUUUAUACUAUUUUUAAUCAAAUGAAAAGUUUAAUAUUUGAUGAUGAUACUUUUGAUUUUAAUCUUAAAAUUUCAUCUAUAAAAGAUUUUAGUUAUUUUUUGUUAUUUAUUAUUGAUAGAACAAGAGUUGAUAUUAUUAAAUUUAUUGAUAUAUUACAAGAUGAUAAUUUUAAUAAUAAUAAAUUAAUACGAAAAAAUUUAGAUAAAUAUAAUAAUAGAAUAUUUUGUCUUUAUUUAGAUGCAUUAAUUUAUUGUCAAAGUUAUAUAACUAACUAAUAAAAUGGAUCCAAUCGAAACUACUUCUCCAGAGGAUACAGAUGUUAAAACUGAUGAUGUAACUCCAGAAAAAUAUGUUCUUACAGGAUCGGAGUUUAAAAAAUUAAUCAAAAAUGCUAAAAAUCUUGGUGCUGAAUCACUUGAUUAUUCAUCUCGUAAAAAUAACAAAUACAUGGUUAAACUUCCAGGUGGAAAGAAAGUACAUUUUGGAUCAUCUAAAUAUGAAGAUUAUACUGUUCAUAAAGAUAAAGAGCGAAGAGAUAAAUACCUUUCUAGAGCUACAAAGAUUAAAAAUAAAAAGGGAGAAUUAACUUAUACUAAACCAGAAUCUUCAAACUUUUGGUCAGUAAAUUUACUUUGGCCUAAAAAAUAAAAUUAAUAUAUGAUUUAAAGAUUAACUAAAUAUUAAUAAAAUGCAGUUGUCAAGUUACGAAAAUAUUACCCAAGAGAAUAUUAUCUUUAAUGAAGCCAAAGAGUACAAAGUAAAAGAUAGCAAGAUUAAAUACAAACGUAUUCCAAUUGAAGUAAAAUAUCCAAAUAACAAAAAAGGACCACUUGUAGUUGAAACUCCAUUUCUUUUUAGUUUUGGUGUCAGCGAAAAGAAAAAUCAAGAAACAGGUAAAUUGGUUGGUUAUAGUAUUCCAGUAUGUCUUUGGUCUAAAGAUAGUGAACCUGACAAUAAAGAAAAAGCAUUUUUUAAUUUUAUUAAUAUUUUAAAAACUUUAUCUCAGCAACAUUUAGAGAAUGAAUACGGGCCAGAUCAAGCCUCAUCUUUAUCUUCACCAUUUUACUAUAAACAAAUAGAAUAUACAGACAAAAAAGGAAAAAAGAGAACAAAAGUUGAUGAAUCAUCAUCACCAAUUCUUUAUACAAAACUUAUUUACUCAGAAAAAACAAAAAAAAUUUUAUCUUUGUUCAAGGGAAAGAAAGGUCGUGAUUUAAAUCCUUUUAAAUAUAUUAACCAAUACUGCCGUGUUAAAUUAGCAUUGAUAAUUGAAGGAAUUUUUAUAAGUAAGACUGUUACAUCUUUACAAAUAAAAGUACAUGAGUGUUAUGUUAAAGAUUUAGAACCAAGAAAAAGUUUACUUAAAAUUGAUGAAAAAAGUAGUGAUAGUGAUACUGAAGAGACAAUUGAUCAAUUAGUUGAAGAUUUAAUUUUAUCUGAUAAAGAAGAAAAUGAGUAAAAUAACUAUUUUUUUAAUACAAAAUUUGUAUUAAAAAUCAACCAAAUCCUUAUUACUUACCCAUGAGUUAAAUUUAUCUGGAUAUCCACUCCAUUUUACUAAUGCCAUUUUUUUCUUAUUAUUUCGUCUAAUAAUCUUUUCUAUUCUAAAUGUUUGUUGUUUUGCUUUUUGUAAUUCUUGCUCGUAAAAAGAACCCUUAAUCUCUUCUCCCAUCAUAUCAACAAUAUUAUAUGUAACAGGUUUUGUUGGAAGAAUUUUAUCAAUUACAAAUAUUUCUUCUGUCCAGUUUGGUGUGUAACCUUUAUCAAAUACUUGCCUCUUAUAUUUUGAGAUUCUAACACGAUCACCAAUUGAAAACUUUGGUUUGCUAGGUUUUAAGUAUAUUAGAUCGUCAUACAAAUUAUACCAAACUUUACUUUCAUUUUUCUUUUUACUUGCUUCAACAGGGGUGAGUUUUAUACUAGAAUGUUUUGUAUUAUUGUAAUCAUCAACUAGUUUAUCUAUCUUGUCCCAGUAAACAUUGUUGUUAUUUACAGUAAACAUUUUCCACAUUCUGUUUUUCAUUGUUUUAUUCCAUCUCUCAACAAUACUAGAUUUUUCUUCAUUUUCAGUGUGAUACAACCUAAUACCUUUACUUUUAAGAAAAUCUUUAAAAUGUUUGCUUAUAAAUUCAGAACCUUUAUCAGUCCAUAACAUUUGAGGUUUACGUUUACUUUUGAAUAUGUCAUCGAAUGCUUUACUUACAGUUUCAGUUUUCUUGUCUUUCAAUCCUCUAAUCCAUCCAUAUUUGCUAAACACAUCAAUAACCAUAAGCAGAUAUUUAAUUCCUUUAUUCCACUUACUAAACUUUUGCAUUUCAACUAAAUCAGCAGCCCAGAUAUCAUCAAUUCCGUUUGAGACUACUGAUCUCUUUUUAAAGUUUCGUGUGAUUGGUUUGUGAAGUUCGUUGGCUAAUUGUUGAGACCAAUCACUACUCAACGCCGAUGCGUGUUUAAACCAAGCCCAAGUUUUUGUUUUGUAUUAAUCAAGAAUCGUGCUGUUGACCCCCACUUUGGCAUUUCACCAUAUGGAAUAUUAUCUAAUGAUUUUACCAUUUCUUUAUCACAAUCACCUUUGUUUUUUCCCAUGUCAUAACAAAUGUCGUGAUAAGCUGCUAUCUCAUCAACUUUGUUAUACGGUCUAACUUUCCACUCUGUUACCUUUCCAGUUUCAGGAUCAUAGCUUAAUUGUUUAUCAAGAGGAUUGUACGGCCCCAUAUAUUUGUAUGAACCUGGAGUCCAUCCUGCUUUUGGUUUUGGAAGUUUUCCAAUUAAUUUGUGUACAUCAAAUCGUUUUCCCGAUCUUCCAUCUAAAUCCUUUCGAUCGGUUUUAUAUUUAAUUUUAGGUCUAACUUUUGUUGACAGUUGAUCCAUUGCUGUUCCAACAGAAUCUUGAAUAAAUGGAGUAAGUUUAUUAAUCCCAUAAUUUACAGCUUUUUUUUGUAGUUUUUUAUUUCUAAGUGCUUCACUUGCUCCAUAUUUACCCAUUUCAACAGCUUUCUUACCCAUCCAAGGUAAACCGUAAUGAACAAAUCCAUCAACUGCUGUACCAACAACAGUAUCAAAUACGCCCGCCCCUUCAGACGGGCCAAUUAGUUUUUUGACUUUCGUUUUCUCUUUUUUCCACUUCCAGUUUGCAGGGGGGUAUUUCCCAUUUUUACAUAUCUAACUUUUUUAUUUCCACAAACUGCACAUCUACAAAAGAAUUGAGUUCUACCUCUUUUAUCUUUUUGGUAACCACUUGGUUCUGUACAAGGAGUUACUCUUUUAUCUACAAUGCAAUAAGUUUCUUUCAUUUAAUAUAUUGUUUAGAUAAAAUAUGUCUAUUAGAUCUAAUUUUUUAAAAAGUGAACUUCAAAAGAUAUACGAUAACUUAAACAUGAGUUAUGAAUACUCUGAUUUUUCUAGAUUGGAAAAUGAUACUAAAUUUAUAAAAAUAUUUGAGUUGCUUAUGGAAAUAAGUGAGAAAUCAAAUAAUCUUAAAAAUAUUGUAAAAAGUAAUUAUCUGUUCUUAAGAUAAAAUGGAGACUAAAUUCUUUUCUGAGAUUGAAAAAAAUAUGGAUGUUAAAACAAUCAAGGAUUUUGAAAAAGAAGUGCGAACAAAAAUAUAUAAUGAGUUGGAGUUACUUAGAAAGAAAAACGAUGAUCUUUCUAGAGUACUAAUUGCUAGUGAAUCUGAGAUGUGGAAUAAAAUUAGAAAUGAGCAAUAUUCUUGGUUAAAGUUAAAUAAUGACAAAAAGAAGAAACUUUAUAGACUUAUUGAUAUUUACUCAAAUUUUAUUGACAUAGUUGAUAGUGUUAAAAUUUUAAACACAAAAGUUGAAAAGGUUAAACAGUUAAAGGAUACACCAGUUAAUAGUGAAUAAAAAUAUAAUAUUUAUUAAAUAUUAUAUUUAUCCUCCAAAGUAUGCUUUUAUAAAAUCACUAUUGUCAUCAUCAAAAUGUGGAUUAUGUAUUACAUCUAGAAUACUAUUACCUUUUUGUCUUUCAAACAGAUAGUAUAAACACCAAUAACCGCAUAGAACAGUAUUUCGAUUUUGUAUUUCAUCCAUUGAGUACACUAUACGUUUUCCAGAAGUAUUAAAAUACUCUAAUGCUUCAUUUGGCAUUAUUAAUCCAAAUGGAUCGAAAUAUUCAACUAUAUUGUCUAUACUUCUAUAACAAACCCAGUGUGUUCCAGGUCCACUCAUAUCAUCUAGAUUAAUUAUUCCACAUUCUUUUUUAAUCUUUUUUGGUAGUCCAUCACGACUAUAUAUUCCUCUAAAAUAUUUAAUACCAAGUUUUUUUAUCCAUUCCAUGAGGUCAAAAUUGGAAAGAGGUUUAAUUACAAAAUGCUUCCUAGAAUGGGAAUUGAGUUGAAUGGGCUGUUUUUUCCUAGUAGUAGUCCUGAACCCUUGGAUUUGGACUUUUUUUUUUUAACUCCCAUUCCUAUUGGGUUUUCCCAAGUACCAAAAAAGGGAGGAGAUUGAUAAGGAUAACCCUCACCAUAUGUGGAUUGAGGAGGAGGAUGUGGAACGUAAACAUUUGCUGUAUUAGAUGUCCCACUUCUAUCAACCUGUAGCCCCCCUCCAAACAUCUUAGAUACUAAACUGAUUGCCAUUGGAAUUCCAAUAGAUGCAAGAGUACCUAAAAAUCCUCCUUCUAUUUGUUUACGAGUUGGUUUAAUAACUACUCGUCCACCAGAUUGAAACAUUUUAUUUAUUAGAUCAAUUUGUGAUUUUGUCAAUUCUCCUCUAAUAGCGGGUAGCAUUGGAAAAAACUUUUUUGGAAUUGUGAUUCCUUUACCAAAUAUUUUAUUUAAUCCUAUUUCUCCAAGUGCAGUUGCAGCACCAGUUGCUAAUGCAGGAGCAACUUUUGAAAUUCCUUUUACUGCAUAAGGUAAUACUUUUGCUCCAAUAGAAGCAAGUGAAGUAAAUAAAUUUCCUCCAUGUUUUACAGAACGUCUAAUUUGAGUUUUACUUAUUUUUAUAUCCGAUCCUGUGCCAUUUGCAAUAGACCUUUUUAUUUUAGAAAUUUGUCUGCUGGUUAACAUUAACUCAUCAGAGCCUCUAAGUUGUCCAUGUUUUAAACGAAGAGUUAGUGGUGAUUUAUUUCUGAUUGCAGAAGCCAGUUUUGACUUUUGUCCAUCUGUAAGUUUUACUCCGUAUUCAAUAUAAAUUGUCAUUUUUUAUUUGAUGUUUAUAUUAAAUUUUUGUUUUGGUUUUAUUUCAGUUGGUGGUUUGAUUUUUUAAACCAAUAAAAUGAUUACACAUAAUUCUGUGUAAUCAUAACAACUUGUGGAAAAUUCUGUGUAAUCAUAACAACUUGUGGAAAAUUCUGUGUAAUCAUAUGCGGUGUAGAUAAGGGAGGGUUUAAGAUCGAAGCAAUAGUUUUCCAUCUUGUUGUGAUAUUUCUGCUACUCUUUCAUGUAAGACUAAUGCGUAAAUAUUAUAAUCUGCGUUUGGAUUAGCAGAUAAUUCGUAAUGAAAUGCUAGUUUUGUAACACCGUCUUUGAUAUCCAUUUUUUGUUUUGUUAGGUCAAAAUAAACAAAAGGAAAUAAAGAUUUAAAAUUACUUAUAUUAAGUAAUGUUCCACCUUGAUAAUCAUUAUUUGCAUAGACGUAUGACAUUACAUUUCUAAAAACUCUUGACAUAUCUGUAGAAGGUUUAAAGUGAAUAUCUGGAUAUUCGUUUCCAUUUGCAACUUCCAGGUAACAUCUUAAUAUAUUAGCAUUAUUUGGUAAAUCAAAGGUAUCGUAUACAAAUGGAUUUGCAGUUUGUGCAUCAAUUCUUGCUGUAUCAAUUCCAAAAACAAAUACAUGCCUUGGCUUUGAAAUAGCAUUUGUAAUUCUAAAAUGUCCUGUCUGUUGUUGUGAAUUAUUUGACCUUUCAACUACUUCAUUUAAAUAUACCCAUUUGUAAGGUUUAAGAUAAUUUUCCAUAUACAGCUUUUGUCCUUCUGAAUUAAACGUAAGUUUUGGAAUAAAAAGUUGUAGUCUUGUUAUAAUAACUCUACAAUCAUCAGCAGCUUUAAAAAUUAAAUUUGCAUCUUUUUCAAUCUCAAUAUUUAACUCAAUUUUUGUAUUUGGAAGUAAUUUGUCUUCCAAUGCUUCAAAGAAAGAAUAUCUAUUAAGAGGAAUUUCACAGUUUACUGUGGCUGAUGCACCUAAUAGUAAUUUCCUUUGAUGAAAACCUUUAUUAUAAGUUGCUUGAGCAGGUCUUUCCUCUGCAGCUCUUGAAGUAUCAAGAAAAUAAAAUUCGUUUGUAGCAACACUCUGUGCAUAUGAAGGAUUAUACUCAAGUAAAUUUUUAAUAUUUACAACAUGAUUUGCAUAGUUACAACUAUAAACUUCUCGACCAUUUGCUAGGAUACUUAAUUUUUCUAUAAAUGAAUUGCUACCAUUUACAAUUCCGUUAUGGUCAGCAACCGCAAUAUUUCCUCCAUCUGCUAGUUUAUUUACUUUAAAAUCCAUUGAUAGUCUGGCGUUAUACCAAUCAAAAGUAGUAGUUUCUCCUGUAUUAUCAGCUACAAAUCUAAGACCUGUUUUAGUUUGGUGAGCGUUAUUUGCUGGAGCAGUAUCUAGAGACUGUUCCAAGUCAAAUACAACAUCUUCAUAUCUAUCUAAAUAUUUUGGAUUUCUAAAUGACUUCAUUUUUAUUUUAAUAAUUAUAUAAUUUUUCUCUUACGUGUUGAUCCACCACUAAGAAGGUUAUUCAACAUUUGAUCUAUCUCUUGUUGAUUUAUUGUUUCGACAUUUUUAUUAAAAUUAACUUUUUUAGAAGGGGGUUUUCGGGAGGAAGUGUUUUUUGAUAACAUUUGCACUAUUUUAUCACCAGCCUUCUUACCAGCAUGUUCACCAGUUUUUGUUGCAGCUGUUGUUAGUGUUUUUUCAACACCUUUUUUAGCAGCUGAUUUAACUGUCUUUCCAAAUAAUUUAGAACCAAUAGAUUUAAACACAUCUGUUAUUCCUUCUCCAUAUAUGUGUUGUUUAGUAAAUCGCCCCAUUUCAGGGUCAAGUUUUUUUUUAAACUCUGAUUGUCUACUCAUUUUUAUCUAAUGAAUAUAUAUUUAGUUGAGGGAGGGGUUUACAUUGAAUGGAGUAUUAAAGUCAUAAACCAAUCUAUAUCAUUAAAAUUUACUGGUCUUCCAACUGAGUCUGUCACAUAAAUCCUCAUUUCAUCAAUGUUAAAUGAAGAUACAGGACAAUACAAUGGUCUUUUAGGUUCAAAAGUAAAUGGAAAAGACCUUGUAAGAUUAUCAGUUGGUAUCACAGCAAUAGUAUUUGUAUUUAUUCCAUUUACAAUGCUAUCAGUUAUUGCGGUUGUGUUGAUAUUUAAUACAUCAAUCGAAUUUGUUAUAUUUGGUAGUUUUGUUCCAUACUCUGUUUUUGUAAUAAGUUUCUUUUCAAAUCCAAUCAGGUCUCCAAAUUCUGUUCCUCUUAGAUCUAAUUGAUAAUCACCAUCAAGUGAUACUAACACUCGAUAAGUAGAUAGUAUAAAAGUUAGAUUGAUUGAAUAAGUUUUUUUUCCACUUGAAUCUGUUGAGUGAUGAGACUUUUUCUCCAUAUACUGAUGAAUGUAAUCAUUAAUAUCUGAGUAGGAAUACAUUCCAUCUGUAAAAGUAAUUGUUUGCCAAGUCCUUCCAUCAUGAGUGUAUUUUAUUUUAUUGUUUCCAUAAUCACUUCUAAUGUUGUACCAAGAAUAAGUCAUGGACAGCCGAUCAAGAGCAAGUUUAUGUUUCUUUUCAGGGUCAAGUUUCAAAGAUGGAUUAAACUUAAUAGUAAAAUCACCAGGUUUACUUGUUCCUCUUUUUUCCCUAUUUAUUGAGGAAAUGUGAAUAGCUCGUUCUUCCAUUUUAUCUAAUAACUAUAUUAUUUGAGAGGGAGGGGUGUUAUUAUAUAUAAGUUUUUAGUAGUUCGUUAAGUUGUUUUUUUGUAAUUACUUUCAUUUGGUUAAGAAGAUGUGCUAUUUCAGAAAACUCUUGCACUACACCAUUAUUCCCAGCAAGAAUUGAUCCACUGAGUAAUUCAAGUCUGUCUAUAAGUUGAUGUGGGUUGUUAAAGUAAUUUAUUCCAGAGCCUGUCAUUUUUAAUUUUACUUCUUUAAGACGUGUUAAAUUGGUAUAAUAUGUGGAUAAUGUGUUGUAUUCAUCUAUAGUUUUUUUUGUUUCUUCUCUUGGAUUUUGACUUAUUGAUGUUGCUAAUUGAUAACCACUAUUAUUGUUAUAUAAUCUGAUACUUGUUUUCUUUUUGUUAUAUAUAUCUUUUAAAUCUUCUGAAACAUUAUUAAUUGUUGAAAUAAUAUCAAUUAUACCUUCAUUUAAAAAUGUAGAAGGUAAAUUAUCAUAACCAUAAUUUAAAAGUAUAGUUUGGCUUUUUUCAUUCAUUAAAUAUUGAUCGUAAUAAUCAGGAUUUAUAUUUAUUAUUUUUUUUGCUUCAUCUUGUCCUUUAUCUUGUUCUUUAUCUUGUUCUUCAGCUUUUCCUUCAUCUUGUUCUUCAGCUUUUCCUUCAUCUUGUUCUUCUGCUUGUCCUUCAGCUUGUCCUUCAAUUGGUUGAUAUAUUAAAUUUUCUAAUCCUUGAGUUAUAGCUAAUCUGUUUUGAUUUAAACCUUGUGUAAGAGCAAGUUGAUUAGCUUGGAGUUGUGCUAUAGUUGCGUUUUGCUGCUCAUCAAUACUUUUUUUAAUAGAAUCUUGAGAUUUAAUAAGUGGUUUAAAUGUCUCUUUAAAACCUUCCCGAGCAUCUUGUUUUUGCCAUUUUGUUACUUUUAUUACAUCUCUAACCUGUUGAGUUAAAGUGUCAGCUUCAAUUUUAUUUCUUGCAAGUUUUUUGUAUUCUUCAAUAUCCAUUUUAUAUAAUAAAUAUAUAAAUGGAAAUACCAAACUAUGAUAGUGUCGAUGACCCGGAUAAAAAAUAUAAACAGUUAUUUCCUUACAUGCCAGCAGAUACAUUUCGAAUGUUAAUCUGUGGAAACAGUGGAAGUGGUAAAACUAAUCUGCUGUAUCAUAUGUUAAUCAAACCACUGUUGUACUAUGAUGAAAUUUAUCUUUAUGCGCGUAAUCUAGAACAGGAUAAGUAUCAAAAGUUAAUUCAAAAAAUGGUAGAAUUGAGUAGAAAAUUGGGAUAUGAAAUACUUCAUGUUAGUAAUGAUGAAAUAACCCCGGUUACAGAAAUGGAUUAUGAAGACAAUCAAAAACUUGUGAUAUUUGAUGAUUAUGUUUGCGAUAAAAACCAGAGACAACUUAUUGAUUAUUUCAUCCAAGGACGGCAUAAGAAUUGCUCUGUAAUAUACCUCAGUCAAUCAUUUUACAAAACUCCAAAAGAUAUAAGAUUGAAUUGUUCUCACUAUUGUUUGUAUGAAUUUCCAUCAUCGAGGGAAGCAAAUCGUAUAGCGUCCGAAUUAGGAAUUGAUAAAGAAACAUAUAAAGAAGUAACAAAAAAACCCUUUACAUUUCUAUACGUUGAUAAACCUAGAAAACGUAUUGCUAAAAACUUUACUAGUAAUCUAUAAGGGGAACUAACACCCCUCCCUUAAAAGAAAAUAUAAACAUUAGAUAAAAUGGGAAUAUUUAACGAACAAUCUUUCGAUCAUCCUUUUGCUAAAGGAAUACAGGGUGCGCCAGGAGUUGGUUUUAGUUUAACCGCAGAUGGAAAUUACGAUCUUAAUAAAAAAAGACUCACAAAUGUUGGCGCACCCAGUGCUAAUACUGAUGCUGCUACAAAGAAGUAUGUUGAUGAUAAUUCUGUUGGAUUAUCCACAACAACACGAUUAACAGUUGAUUCAAACAUUGAUAUGAAGGAUCAAUUUCGUAUUUUAAACCUCAAACAUCCAGUUGACGCAGAUGAGCCAGCCACAAAACAAUACUCAGACAGCACAUUUCUUGACAGAAAUGGUUCACGAACAAUGAUUGGUAAUCUAAGCAUGAAUAAUAAUAAAAUAAUUAAAGUUGGCACACCAACAGCUAAUGAUGAUGUAGCAACCAAAAAGUAUGUGGAUGAUAAAACCAUCUCAACAACAAAGCUAACAAUUGAUUCAAACAUUGAUAUGAAGAACCGCUACCGAAUUACAAAUUUAAGUACACCACUGGACGGAAAAGAACCUCCUACAAAAGAUUACGUAGACAACACAUUUCUUGACAGAGAUGGUUCCUACCCAAUGAAAGGUAAUCUGAAUAUGGAUAAUAAUCGAAUAUUUAAUCUACCAGCUCCAACGGGCCCCAGACAACCAACACCUUUAGCUUUGACAGAUUUUAAGUAUCUCCACGUUGCUGGAACAAAUAAAAUGUUAAACUUACUGAAUAUGGACAAUAAAAAAAUAAUUAACCUUAGGACACCAACAUCAGACACAGAUGCUGCAAACAAAAAGUAUGUGGAUGAUAAUUCUGGAAGUCCAGAUUUAAGCGAUUAUUUGGAAAAAGAUGGUACUGUUGCUAUGACUGGGAACCUUAAUGUUGGUAGUAAUAAAAUAAUAAAUCUUGGUAAUCCAACCCAAAACAAUGAUGCGGUAAAUAAAGAUUAUGCUGAUCAUCUAAUUCAUCACACUGCAGUUCAACCAAGUCAUUACGCCGACCAAUUUGGUUAUCUUAUGUCAAGUGCGGCUCAAUGGACGGAUGAAACAAAUGGAGGAAAUAGUUUUCUUAUAGAUAAAAUUGGUAUACUUACUCCUAAAAAUGGAAAUUUUCACGAUUAUAAUCACAAAGUUAUUUAUUAUAAAAUAAAUAAAAAUUCACAAGGAGGUUAUAAUUAUAAAAUGGGAAUGAACUUUUAUCGUCUUCAUGCUAAUACUGAUUAUACACUUUGCUUAGAAUUACUUAACACUGAAUAUCUACUAUGGCAUAAGUCUCAAAUAUCUGUUGAUAAAGGAAAUUCAUCCGGUCUAACACUUGGUAAUGUAAGUAUAAAAAAACUAUCUCAUAGGUAUACUGCUUCUGGAAAUCAAACAAAAUUUAUGUAUUAUUACAAACUUAUAAUUAAUUUUAGAAAGUUAUCAACUGGUAAUAGAUUCUUUCUUCAUGUUACUGUUAACAUCCCCCAAUCAGGAAUUGAUCUUAAUGUUUAUCCAAAUCAGUUUAAAGGAUGUUACAUGAUAGCUUAUGGAAUUGUGGGUACAUUUAACAAUAUCGAUCCAGAUAAAGUUUAUGACUAUCACACCGCAUUUGAUAUCAAACCAACAGAAGUGGUAUAUAACGUUGAUAUAAAUGUGAAUCAAAAAGAAAUUAAAAAUAUCAAACUUGACCGACAAAAUGAUAAUAGUGCUGCAACAGUUGCAUUAGUAAAAGAAAUAGCUCCUUAUACCAAAGAUGCUUUGUAUAGGCUAUACUUUAGUGAGGUCUAUGACUUUGCUAAUGCGGAUAGUUAUGGAAUAAAUAUAGGUUCAUCAGGAGUUAUUAUUAAUUCUGUAAAACCUAAUAUUACUCUACCACCAAAUAAAGAUCUAGAUGUCAUACAAAAAGAUGGAUUACGUGUUAAUGGUUACGAUGUUACUUUUUCUCCUACACAUUCUUCAAAAUCUACUUUAUAUAUUGUUUUUACUCAUUGGAGAAAUAGGAGUUUUACCCUAACUAAAUAUUUAUCAACAAACAAUAAUAUUUUAGUAAAAUUAAAUUAUAAUAAAACAAACAAUAAAGUAACUUUAACCGUCAAUAAAGCAACUCAAAAUUUUAGCAUGUUAAGUAGUUUUAAUGGAAAAAUAAUUGUUUUAUGGCUAACAGAAAAUUUUGAUACAAAUGUAACAAAAGUUAGAAUAAGUAACUAUAGUGGAACAUUAACUAUACCAGCUGUUUACUACAAUGUCAAUCAACGUUGGAAGUUUACAACUGAAGAUGGAAUGUUAUAUAGAUUAAUGUAUUCUCCAAACUUUUACAACACCGACUCUGAAUACUAUCAUAAAGUAAUGCUUCAAGAAAAGUUAAAUGGAAGUUAUAUAGUAUAAAUAUAAAAUGAAGGAUAUCUUUGAAUUUAAUCAUAUAGAUUCAUCUUUAUCAAAAGAAGAGGUAAAAACAAUAAAAGAUUUUUACAGUUACUACCAUAAAAAAUAUUGGUGUUUUAAGAAGUCUUAUAAAAGUUACAAAUUUCUUGAUAAUUUUUUUACUAUAAGUGGAUUAGUUUUAGUUACUGUCGGAACUAUUUCUGGUGGAAUAACCCUUAAUCCUGUUAUUCUUGGAGUAAUAAAUGGAGCUGGAGUAAUCAUUGCUGCAGUAGGAAAGAAAAAUAAUUAUAAGGAAAAAAUAGAGAUGACUAAGAUUGCUUUUACUACUUAUGAAAAAGUUCUUAAUGAACUAAGAUCUGCACUUAGAGGUGAUGAAUGGGAUAAAGAAAAAUUUAUAGAUCAAAUGAAGAUAAUAGAUGAUAUGAUUAUCGAUCAAACUCCUGAAGCAGAUAGAUUUGUUAUUAGAUAUAAAAAAAAGUUUAAUAUAAAUUAAAAAAAUAUAUAACCCACUAUCUUAGUCAUUAAAUAUUUAUUUCAAUACGAUGAAAAACUCGAUAAUGACUACUUAAUGUUUUUUUAUUACAAAAUGCUUUUGGACAAAAUUCGCAAGGAAUUCGUACGUCAGUCAUAUACUUAUGAAUUUUUUUACAAAUUUUGUCGUAAUCAUUUGAAAGUAUAUAUGCAUAAUUAUUUUUUUUAUAUUUAUCUUUCAUUUUUAGUUGAGAUUCUGAUACUACAUAAUUAUUUGUUGGUGAUUUAAACUCUAUACAGAGCCCUUGGUAAUAUUUGUGGUAAUCAAGAAUCAUUAAAUCUGGAGUUCCUCGCUGAUAUCCUUUCUUAUACGAAUCUAAUCUUUUUUCCUCUGUAUCUUGGUUUUCUCCCAUAGUUGCAACUAAAAUUGAAUCAGGAUAAUAAUUUCUUAUUAAAUUUACAACUUUGUAGUGAAGUUCUUUUUCAUUAGAAAUCAUAAUCAUCUUAUUCCAAGGGUUAUCAAACAUUUUGUAUUGUCCGUAUUUUCUAAUAUCUGGAAGUACUUCAGAUGUUACCCAACGUUUAAACUUUUUUGCUGUUUCUAAUUUAGAAGAUAACAAUAAGGAGUAAAAACCGCUUUCAUUUAUGUAAAAUGUUUGUUGCAAACCCCCCGCCGUUUUGGCGGCCCCUUUAAAUUUAUCUUCCUCAUCUACAUGUUGUCUAACAGCUUUGUUUACAUCACUAUAUCCAAGUACUUUUGCUAAAUCUUUUCCAAUAAAAAAAAUAUUUUGUUGUUUGUUAAUGUAUGUGUCAAUCUCUAAACUUAAACUAUCGUUUUUAAACUUUUUUACUAACAUAUUACUCAUUAUUAAUUUAUUUUUAAACUUCAAUUCAUUUUUUAUUUAAAAAUAUAUAAUUAUUUAAUAAAAUGAUAAAAACUAUUGUUAAUUAUGUUAACUUUUACUACCCUACAAUCAAAAAUAUAAACUGCCUGGAAGAUAUAAUAAAAACAGCAUUAGUAUAUCGAUUCUUAUACGAACAUUAUGUAAAAGAUUAUAUAACACUUGAAACAAUAAUAUAUAAACUUGAUUAUUAUCCUAUUAAAACUAAUAGUUCAAUAAUUAGAAAUCAUUUAAUAUUUCAUAGAGCAUUUAAAUCUUUUUACAAACAUUACAAAGCUGGAAGAGGAUGUGUAUACUUAUUUGAUUCUCCAAUAAAAAGUGAAGUGUUGGGUUAUCUAACCGGUCUUUUAUAUUGGAUUUUUCAUAAAGGAAUAAAUUAAUAUAAUCAAUAAAUAAAAUGAGUGCUUGUAUCAUUCAAAAAAAAGAUCUUGAAAAACUUGGAAAAAAAUUAAUGAAAAAAUUUUAUUAUCAUGUUUAUAGCGAUUAUUUUUUAAAAGAAUUUGAAGAAGUAAAAUUAAAAAGAAAAUAUUACGAUGAAAAUCUUACUAAAGAAUUCUUAUCUUUUUAUGAAAAUCAAGAAAAAAACAUUGUAAGUAUUUAUUUUGAUAAUAAAAGAUAUAAAGAUUUAGUUGAAAUGAAAACUGAAGAUUUAUUAAAAAAAAUAGAAGCUAAAAUUAAAGAUGAAACUCUUAAUUAUGAAAUAAUAUUUAAUUUUUUAGACAAAAUGGAUAUAAAAUUAGAAAUAAAUAAAGGUAAUGAUUUUGAGAUAGAUGAAGAUCUUUUUUGUAUGAAAAAAGCAUUUAUUCAUAUGUAUUUAGUAUAUCAUUUUGAUCAUCAUUAUUUAGAAGAUUAAAUUUUUAUAUUAUUACUUUAAUAUAAAAAUUUAUUUUAUCAAUUCUUUAUAACUUUCCCACCAAUUAUCAUAAAUCUCUAAAAUUUGAGGACUAAUUUUAAAUUCAAUAUUUUUAUAUUUUUCACACCCCAUUUCCUCCAAAAUUUUUUUUAUUACAUAAUUGAUAUUUAUCAUUCUUUUUCUAAAAUAUUUAUCAUUUAUUACUUUCAUAUUACUACUAUCUAAAAUUAAUAGUUUAUCGUAAAGUUCACAUUUUUCUUCAUCAGUAAGAUUUAUUAAUUUAGAAAUAUUUUUAACCUUUUUAUCAAAGUAAUAUUUUCUAUGAUAAAUACUCUUUUUUUGAUAAUGUAAUCUAUCAAAAUCUUUUAAUUCAAUAUUUCCUAAAAUAUGUCCAUUAAGUGCACCACAUUCAUUACACAUAUUAUAACCUAAAUACGAUGAAAAAGAUUCUGUAUUUGUACAUCCUUUACAUUUUAAUUUUAGUGUAAAUUGUUUAAUAGGUUUUUUAUAGAUAGAUAAUAUAUUUAAAUAUUUUUUUAUUUCUUCCUCUGUAUAGCUCAUUUAUUUAUUUUUAUCUUAAUGCUAAAGUAUGAAUUUUAUCUUUAAGUACUUUUCUUUUAUCAUCUUGACUACUUAGAGCUACUUUAUUAACCUCUUUAGAAUAUAUAUCAUGUUUUUCACUUUUUAUAAUUUUCAUAGUUCUCAUUUCUUUUUUAUCUGUAAACAAACAAUUAACAUAAGCAUCAAAAUCUAAUUCCUUUUUUAUAACAUUUUUCUUUAUUCCUUUACACUUUUUUAAUGUUUUUUCAUCCUCAAUUUUAAAACUAUAAAGUUUUGGUCUCAACCCAACAAAAUGUGUUAUCUGUUUUCCAGCUACUUCAUCCUUAAACAUCCCUAUUACUUUUUUAUUAGCUCCUGUAAUUAUUCCAGAAGGAUGAUCUGAUGGAUAAUCACUAGUAUCAAAUUUAUUUUUUACAUCAUCAUAUAUAUCUUUGUAAAAAUCUUUUGUUUUAAUUUCAUACAUUAGACUGUCUGUAUCUGUAAACAAUAACUGAGCUUUUUUUCCAUAUUUAUUUUUUAUGUAGUUAUAAUGAAAAUCAAACAUUAAAGUUUUUGAUAAAUCUAGAAUUGCUUGACCAACAUAUACUGGUUUAUUAAAAUACACUUCAGUUUUUUUCAUAUGAAUUGCAAUAAGAUUUUUAUCAAAUAUUGUUAUUCUAUCAAAAUUUGGACGACUUGAUAAUUUGAUAGCUUUCUCACGAUUAUCAAUAAGAUGUACAUUUUGUCUUUUUCUUAUAUUUUCUAUUGUUUUACCAAAAACUGAAUUAUUCAUCAAUUUAAAAAAGUCUUUUUCAAAACUGUUAGAAGCACACUUUCUAAGUUCAGUAUUCUUUCUAAUAUAUGGUUCCAUCCAAGGAGAUUGAUAAAAUGAUAUUCCUCUAUGUACAGCAGUAAUUUUCAUACCCAACUCUAAACAUUGUCUAAGAGCUCGAUAAUGUAUGAUAUAAUUUUUUCUGGUUUUAAAAUGACAUAUUAGUUUUUCAACACCAUUAACUUUCAUUAACUCAGGUGCUAAAGGAUAGUCAUUAUGUUCAUCCCAUAAGUGUGUAGGAUAUUCCAAAUCAACUUCAAAUAUAUAACCUUUUUUACCAGUAUUUAACAUGGAGCAAUUUAUUUUAUCUAAAAUUUCAUCCACCUUUUCCAAUGUUAAAUCUUUCAUCCAUUUAAAUCCAUGAGUUGGAAGAUUUUGACUCAUAGCCCAUCCAUAAAGAUUGUUUGCAUCCAAAUAUUGAAUAAAUUUUGAUUUCUUUUCAGGAUCGUAACUUUUCAUAUAUUUAUUAUUUGCUUCUGAAUAUCUUUUAGAUAUAUGUGUAAUCCCACCCCGAAUACCACGUUCAAACAUCAUUAACAUAUCAUAAUCAAUUAAUAAAUCUAGAUUUUGUCCUGUUAUUUUUAAACAUGCAUCCCAAGCCAGUCCUGGAGAUGUGUAGUAAUGAGCUGGAUCUAGCUUGUAAUGUUUAAGACAAGUUGAUCUAAAUUUUUCAAAUACAUCUGCCAAAAGCAUAACAUCAGAUUUUAAAUAAAGAUUGUGAUAGUCUCUUAUUGUUUUACAUCCAAAUGCAUUCCACACUUUUAUUGCAUGUUGAUAAUCUUCAUCUGUAAUAUCUUCAUCAUUAAGUUUUGAAUAAAAUUCUUCUUUUGGUGGUAAUUGUGUUUCUAAUAAUUUAUAAAGUGAUGAAACGUAAUCAUAAGGAUAAACUCCUUUUCUAGUUAAUAGUGAUAUAUUUUUCUUAAAUUCACUUUUGGUAUUAUGAAAAUCAUCUAAUGACAAAUUUGAUACAAGAUUACCAAGUGAUGAUUGAAGAAACUUAUAUGAAUCUAAAAAUCUUAUUUCAAAAGUUAUUGGGAUAAUAUCACCAUUUAUAUGUUUAUAUUCUCCAACUUUAAUAGUUUUAGAAAAUGAAAUAUAUUUUUCUUCAGUAGAUGGAAUACAAUCUAAUUUUCCAUCUAAUUUAGCAAGUUGUUUAAUAAAUAGAUGUGCAUCAUAACCCUGAAGAUUAUGAAAUAUAACUGGUAAUAUUCUAGGUUUUUUACACAUAAGAUUACAUUUGUUAUGUGCAGCUCCACGAUACUCACCUGUAAAAUGGCAAUGAUCUCUAACUCUAUCUUUACCUAAUUUAUAUCCACAAAUAUAACAAUUAACUGCGUUAUUAAAUUCUUUUUGUGUUUUUGGUGUCAUUACUAAUUUUUUUGGAUUGCAAUAAAAAUCGUUAUAAAUUCCUUUUGUCAUUUCAGUAAGUUUUUCUACAAAUAUUUUUGCUACAUCUUCAUCAUCAGAAGAUUUUGUAAAAAUAAUUGGUUUAAUUUUUUUACCAGCAAUUCCUUUAGCAUAAAAACAAAAUCCUGAUGGUUCGUGUUUUUGAUAGUUAAAAUUAUAAGAAUCUUUAGGAUUAGGACAGCAACUACUCAUUGUUUUAGUAAUACAUUCAAAAUCUGCAUAUACAGUAAAAGGAACAGGAAGUUGUUUGUAAUAAUUUUUAAAAUGUAAACUUGUUCCUGAUUUUGGCAUUUUUACAAAUGAUGAUUUAUUACUAUAACAAUAUUUGAUAUGUUUAUCUAAUAAUUCUGGUUUUGUAAAAUGACAAAAACAUCUCUUACAAAUUUGUAUUGGUUCAUCUGUUCUUGUAGUAAUUUGACUACGUAUAAGUCUUGAAAAAUUUUUAAUUAGUGAAUAAUGAAAUUUACCAUCUUCUUCAUACAAAAAUAAAUCAAUAGUAUUUUUACAAUCUUUAUUUACAUCCCUCAAAGGAUAAAUGGUCUUAUCAUCAUUUGAAAAAACAUUUAUUCCUGGAAUAUCUGGAUUAAGAUUCUCAAAUUUGGUAAUGUCUUUUACUUUCAUUGGAAAAUUAAUUCCUUUAGUGUUAAGUGAAAAUUCAUACUUUUUUAAAUCUGACAAACGACUAUCAUUUUUUUCUCUUGGAUGAAGAUAACGAAGUACUGACCAAAGAAAACAUUUAUCAUCUUCAUUUCGAAUACUAACAAUUGCUUUUUUUCUCAUAAUCCAAUCUGGAAGAGGAAUAUAAGAAGAACCUCUCAUUGGUUUAAAUUCAUUUGUAUGAAUUUCUAGUUUACUAAUUUCUUUAAAAUACCACCCACUACCAUUAUUUUGAUAUGUAGAUAUACCUUCAAUAAUUUUUGUUUUACUUUUACUAAUUAUAUUUUUUACAUUAGUUGAAACCAAAUUAGUAUGUGUAUCAGAAUGAAAGUAUGUAUGAUCUUGAAUAAUUAAUGUUUUUACACUUUCCUUUGAUAACUUUUCCUUUUUUUCCAUAACAACAUCUAAAAUAAAUUUUACUUUAGUAUUUCGAUGAUUUUUAAGAAAUUCCUUAAUAAUAGGAUAUUUAUCUAUAAAAAACUGAUUAGGUAAAACACCUGAUUUACCCUUAAUAAUAUAUUUUUUAGCAAAUCCAUUUAAUGAUGAUUUUUCAAUUACAAUUCCUUGUUGAUAUUCUCUUAAAACUCUCUCAAGAGCUUCUCGUAAAUAAGGAGGAGUAUCUUUUGGAAUUUUUUUAUUUUUUAUACACUCCUCAAAAUAAUCUUCAAAUGUUUUUAACUUUUUUGAAACAACUUUGGAUUUAAUCUUUUUUGGUUUAACUUUACCUUGUUUAAUUUUAUUUCCAAAUUCUCUCACUUUUUUUAUUUUUUCAAUCACUUUCAUCUUUUUUUCCAAUUCCUUAUAAUCUUUCUUAACUUCUUGUUUUUCUUUCGAAAGAAUUUUUUUUAAUUCAUCCAAAGACAAAUUCAUAAGUUGUUUAUUUGUAGAUGAUUGAGCCAUGACUUUUAUUAUUUAUUUAUUUUAUUUCUUUAAAUCAAUUUUUAUUUUCUGAUUCAAAAUUAAUAUCUAAUUUAUUCUUUUUUUAUUUAAGUGUAGUAUAGUAAAUGCUGACAGCUGCCUCACUCCAAAUUAUUUCUGACUCUUCGAGCAAUGAGAGCGAUUAAUUGUGAAUCGAAUGGAGCAAACGAAUGAGUUGAGUGAAAAUGAGUGAAAAUGAACGAGCGUUAGCGAGUGAAUUGAACGAAUUGAACGAAACGAAUGAGUUUUGCGAAAUGAGUGAACAAUUAGAGCGACAUUGCGAGAUGAGGCAGAAAUAAUUUGGAGUGAGGCAGAUGGCAGCAUUUACUAUACUACUGACGUUUAGAUGUAAGGAAUGGAUGGCCAAACUGAAAAGGUUUUAAACUAAAAUGAAACUGCCGGAUUAAGUCACACGGGCUAAAAAAUCACUCCAUGAACCAAUCAGAACUAUAGAUAAAGACGUGAAGAGCGGGAAAACAUGAGCCAACAGUUUUUGAGUAUCUGGGCUGUCAACCUUGACGGAUUCUGAUUGGUUGCAAAAUAAAGGCGCUGGAAGUCGUAUAACUGCUAAUACAUUUAGUGAUUUAUGAUUACAAGAGAUGUUAAAAUCUUCCUUGUAAUAUACAAAAGCCACAUUCAAGGGAAAUCUUUGCAAGUCUUCACAAGUAUUUUUGUAAAAAUACAUUCUUUUUUUGAACACAGACAAAAGUGAGAUUCUUAACAGGAGACCUGUAGCUUACUUGGUUUGUAACCAGUCUCCUCCCGGGGCCGAUGGAACACCUUCUCUCAUGACCUUCAGAGAAGUGGAGACACUUUUUCACGAGGUAGGAGAAAGCUUUUACUCUUCGUCAAUUCUAGUUUGGCCCAGAAGGCUGUGGUUUCAAAAGCCCCGUAGUCGACGCCCCUUUCAGUACUUCUCUCCUCUCAAGAUCUGAAGUUUAGCCUGCAUCAUGGGGGGGGAGGAUGGAAGAGAACGAGAAAAAAGGGAGGGAUGCUUAAGUUUGUCGUUAUUCAACUCUCUCAGAUCCCCUCAGAUUCCCUCAAAGGCUUGCUUACUCAUGGGAAUUUUGGUACGAUUCUUGAGGCGAUUAUAAUUUCAAAUCGCAUUCGUAUACUGGGAAUGAUGUUCUGGUGAUUUGUCGCUGCGAAAUUCUCGUUGUUUCUAAUGUACUUAAAUCGCCAUUGGAAUUUUCUGCGCUCAGUUGCUUAAAACCUGCCUUGGCAGGUAAAUCUUCGAAUCGUAUCCCGGCGUCCUACGGUAACUGCACCAUUAAGAUUAAAAAACCAACUAUAUAUAUGCUAUUACUAAACUUUAUACACUAACCCAUUAUUAUGCACUUACUACUAACUGAAGCUGGUCAAACGUUCUAAUGGUGUUUGCUGGGCAUAGAAUAAUUAAAUUAUUCAAGAACGUAGUUUUGUUUUUCGCCUUUUGAGUAAUUUUUUGUUCCCUUUUUCCUCCGUAGUUUGGUCAUGGCCUUCAGCACAUGUUAACAACUGUACCUUACUCCGACGCCACUGGAAUAAAGAAUAUCGAAUGGGACGCUGUAAGUCCUUUAAUUUCCCAAUUGGGUGGUUUAGACACACAACAAGCCCACCGCUAAGUUACUCGUGUAUUGGCUAAAAUAGCCAGUGCUUUUGCCUAUUGCAUAAACUGCUUAAUAUUUGACGACUUUAACAUUACUUCGGCUUGUGCUGGAGACAGGUAAUUCUUAGUUUUCAGUAAUUGGAAUAAUAAUUGUCUAUUAUCGAUAAUCACAGGUUGAAUUACCUUCUCAAUUUAUGGAAAACUGGCUAUACGAUAAAGCCACCAUGGAUCUGGUUAGCGGCCAUUAUCGCACUGGUGAAAGUCUACCGGAUGGAAUUUUUGAAAAGGUUUGCAAAGGUAGGCUGAGACCUUUCCUGUUCCAAUUACGACGAGAAGUUACUUCUAAGUUUUCUGUAAAGUUUUUAGCAGGUUGAUACCUCGCCCAACGUUUAGGCUGUCUGUGGAAUCUGCGCGCAAUAUUUGGCCCAUUUACUCGAAAGCCGCAUUACCUAGCAUUGUGUACACAGUAAUAUAACCAAGAGUUUUUUUUCUUCUGGCCGGAGUGAGAAUUACGCCGGCUAUUAGCCAAUUGGUAAGAGCUCUUACUGAUCUUUUUAAUAAAACGGCUCCGAAUUGCCCUUCCAAAGCAAAAGUAAAGGAGGCAGAAUGUCACAACAGAAAUACGUGGACUUCUCUACUGGCUGAUAGCUUGGUGAGUAUUAUAAUCGAAGAAAUUAAAUUUCUUUAACAGGAGGAAAUAAUGCUUUUACAGUUGUGCUGCGUCGAUUGCUGAUAAGCAACAUCUGUUCUUAUGUUUCUCGUAGCUCGUAAAUUUAUGGCUGGUUCUCAGAUGUUACGUCAAUUAUAUUUUGGAGCUCUUGAUAUGGAAAUACACUCAAGGUGAGAGCAGCAUUGUGGGAAUAUAGUAGCUCUGUCACGACCCUUAUCAAAGUCCAAGCAUUAGGAACGCCACCAAACUGAGUGAAACAAAAAGAUAACUGCUCAAAACAAGGAAAGAAAUAGAGGAAAAAACUCUCGAAGAGAAAUUUCGUAUCUCCAAGCGGCCAUGUAAUGUUCUGUUUAUUAUAUAAACACCAAUGAAAUUCCAAACUAUUUCUCUUUUGAACAGCUUUUCUUGCUGCAAAGUGCGCGAAUUAUUAUGUAGUUAUAGCAACGGUGAUCUUUAUACUUGUGAAGAUAACAUGUUCUUUUCACAAGUGAAGAUAUCAUGUUUUCGCAGGAAACCUCAACCGGUAUCUCACUGGUGUUUAUAUAAUAAGGUACAAUUAGCACAGCAAAUACAAAUAAAGGCACAAAUGCACAAACGUGAAGAAGAUUAGAACGGAUUGCAAUAGCGGUUUUGCCGAACUUGUUAGCUUAACAGUUUUUUGAAGUUCAUUUUUGUUGUUUGUAUGGUUUGAUAUAAUCUUUUGGGAGAGAUAUUUGCUUGAUACGAUGCUGUGAUUUUGUCAAAUACAAGUAAAUUCGUCGCCAACGUCAAGUUCCUUAUCAAAAAUAGGAGGCGGUAUAAGUAGUAAAUCUUAGAACAAGACAACCUCGACACAGCUUCUUUGAUGUUUCCUCUUGUUUACUCCAGUUCAGAUCCAUGGCGUACUAUUCAAGAUAGGAUAUCCACAGAAUACACAGUGGUAAAACCGCUUGAAGAAGACAGGUUCCCGUGCUCGUUUUUACACAUAUUCUCUUCUGCUUAUGCUGCUGGAUAUUACUCUUACAAAUGGGCUGAAGUAUGUCGAAUAAAACUUGUAUUGGGUGUUCUCACUUCAUGAAGGGUCACUUGCGAAAGUUCACCUUUUCUUGAGUUCGAAGAGUUAUUUAUUUAUUACGUUAUUAUUGUUAAUAUUCUACUUUGUUUUGCAAUAUUUUUAUGAGCCCUUAAACCGGCAAUCGUAGAUAUAUUCAGGAAAGGACCCUCUUGCGGUAAACGUCCUCCACAGUUCAGUGAUUUGGCCCCAGGACUGUCUUAAUGCUUUUUACAUGAAGCAGUUGUUGUGACUUCACUUUCGAGUGGAUUUUAGCCAUAGCUAGCAUCAAAUCUAGCUAAAUCUACUGGUUUUUUUAGCUGUAAAAUUCAAAUUUUUGUCAUCUGUGGAGCUUUAAGGAAUUGCACUGGGUGUGAUUCUCCUCAACUGACCUUCAACAUCGUUCUGAAGAUGAAUGUCCGAGCUAAGCAAAACAAGUUUGAAUGACUUGGUGAUUGACUCGAUGGGAUGAAGCAACUUUGAAAGUCGAGUGCCCUCUGAGAGUUGAAAUUGGAAACAAUUUGAUGAAGUAUUGACAAAUAAAACCUAAUUCAAUUAUUAUUACUGUAUUUAGAAGAGCAUUCUAUGACGAAUAUAUUUAUAUAUAGUUAAUGACCCUAGGAUUUAUAGUAUAGAAGUUGUGAGCACAUUUUGACAAGACAGCGGCAGUGAUAAACUUUCCCAAAAAAAAUUGUCGGUUAAAGGGUGUUUUCAAAGGGCGGGUGGGGGGUCUAAUGAAAGUCUAAGUGAAAGAAGAGGAGUAAGUAACUGAAGAAGGAAUUCUUGUUUUUAAUCUUAUUACAUCUGUUGACCAAAUAUAGUCACCCUAUUAUCAAGAGUUAUUUUGUGGUCUUUGAUAUACUGAUUUCUUUGCGAUUUAAGGUGAUGUCUGCUGAUGCUUUCAGUGCAUUUGUGGAAGUUGGGCUGAACAACAGGAAUGCACUGCGUGAAGUGGGAAGAAGGUAUAUAGUAAUCGCCCUUUUUUGGGUUACCUUAGGCCUCUUUAUAAGCGAAUCUGGUGAACAACCAGUUACAGUAUAGUAAAAACCUGCGCCUAAGAACCUACAUUUUCCCAAGAUAGCCUAAACAGGUUCUCACAUAAAUGGCAAUUAGCACAAAUUUAGGCUAUAGUUAGGUUCUUAAAUGGGUUCUUAUUCUCUGAAGAAAAAAAAUAUGCGUGUCUUAUUGGUACUCAGUUAUUAUUGGUGUUCGGGUAAAAAUAGGUAAACUCAACAAAGACAACGUCUUUGUGCAGCAUUUUUUAACUUUAAAUUCAUCAUGAAACAGUUCGAAAACGCAGCAAUUUAUAAUUAAGGGGAAGUUUUGAAACAGCAAUAAAAUAAAUAAUAACAUCAAUGAAAUGGAAACAUGUAAAAUGUUCUGGCCUUUUCCUUUGAAAUAGCGGUAAUGUAAGCGGUAAACUGCGAUUACUUUUUACGGAAAGUAUCCGCAAAGAAAAUUAUUCGUACACGCCAUAGUGCAGCCUAGUUAGUUCACACCCUGGACAAGUCAAAAAUAAUAAUGAUUUCGUCCUCGCAUAAAUAAAAGAAUAAAUCAAAGAGCUCGAAAUGAUCUCGAACUAAUUCCGCUCCCACUUCGUCAAAUAACUGACUCAAACCGAAACCUCACUUUUUGCGUGCCUAAUCUUGUCCCCAAAAAAGAACCUUUGGGAUAUUCCUGGGCGUCGCGAAUCCUUUACUUGGCGCUCCGCCCAAGUAAUAAGGUAUAUGUAUUGUAUUAAGUGGUAUUCAGCUUAUUGCAAUAUAAAAUUUGCAUAUUAGUAAAUUAGUAUUGCAGGUGGAGUAAUAAGAUGUCUCCAAAGAGAAUCCUGCAUGUUCACUUAUCUCAUUUGCCCAAGUGUAGAGAAUUGUGUUUUAUAGAUUUUUUGGAAAAUACGAGCCUGUUUCAAAUUUUAGGCUAAACAGGUUUUUGUAUAGAGGGUGCCUAACUGGCAAAUUUUAGCCUAACAGGUUCUUAGUCGCGGGUUUUUACUGUAUAUGAAACGAAGUUAAUUUGCCUUUGAAAGAAUAGUUGUUUUCUUCUGAAAGGAAGAGCAGCAGGACUGGCUUUGAAAACAAGGCUUAAAGAAAAUAAAAUGGAAAUGGACUGUUGUUACUGUUCGGUCAGCAUUACAUCCCUGCUGACCUUCCUGUUGUUUGGGCGGAGUAGUGGAGUACUUUUCAACACAUUUUAACCAUUCCACGUGACGUAGGCAUAAUUUCGAGAGGAUGAAAUAGGAAAGGCAAUGAAUUCAACGGUCAAGUGACCGCUAUGUAACCACGCAUAGUCCUCACUUCGGGUUAUGGUCAUUACGUUUUUAGUCAAAUUAUUUAUUUAAACCAUUGUUAUUGGGUUUUCGUGGAUUCCAAAGCGUUUAUGGGACUUGUCAAUGUAAUUCCAAUUAUCAUGACAUAGCUCCUUAGCGAUAGAAGCCGCCUGUACGUUGCUUCAGACAUAAUUUCACAUAAAACUCUCUCUUCGUAGGUUUCGUGAUACUGUGUUGGCUAGCGGUGGUGCCCGUCACCCAAGUGAUGUCUUUCAAGACUUUCGAGGGCGACCGCCUUCACCCGACUACUUACUGAGGAGCUAUGGGCUUCAAUAG